AUGCUUUCCAAAUUAGCUGCCGCCGGAGACCUGUCUCAACUCCGCUCACUCGACAUUGGUUGCGUUUGUGAACCGGGGAAACUUGUCAACGUUGCCGACUUGUUGCCAAAUCUAAAGAGGCUUUUCCUUGAUAUCGGCAGAAGAUGGCCGAGCCAUCCGGCCAGCGAGACUGACAUCGAAGAAUCAAUGGCUGGGAUACUUGCCUUUCGCCCCUUGGAAUAUCUGUAUGUCAGGGGCCUUCGCAAUGUUGAAGCGUUGGACAGAAUCAUCCAGCGUCAUGGACCGUCAUUGAAGGGACUUGCUCUCUUGUCCAACAAGGCUUACCAGUACUAUCCCAGACUCAAUUCUUCCAAGCUCCUCGAAAUGAUGAAUCUUUGUCCGAAACUGGAAGAGCUACGCCUUCGAAUGAAGAGGUCAGCGGGCAACCAAGCAGAGUGUGAGAUGUACAAAGCGCUGGGUACCUUCCCCAAUCUCCAAAGACUAUUUCUAGAUUUGGAUUUCGAUGCUCGACCAACGGUACCGAGAUUUGGCAGCAUUCCCGAAACAGACGAUCUCGAUCUCCGACGAACUUUCAUAAAUGCAGCCAUGGACGAGAGCCUGGCUCUCCAGAUUUGGACCAAGAUCAAAGAAAAGAGCCCCAGUUUGAAAGACCUACGAAUUUUCCCGUGCGGCAACGUGUACUUUCCCCAAGAGGAGCGUUACUUGCUCGAUUGCUUUGCGCGAUCAUAUCUGCUUACAGGUUAUAACCUUGAGAAUCCAGGGGUGCCUGUCAUGGAGCAGAUUGGGAAAAGGGAGUGGGAGAUAAUACGAGCCAGGCAGAACCAUUGGCAUGAGUCUCGUGAUGAAGAGGUCCGCCUCUCUAGUAAAGUUGUGUCCGUCCUUCGAAGUAUCUGGCCCCAGGUGCUCGGGCAGACUUUCAGAAGCGACUGGUUAGAUUGUUGGACCAGCCUACCUUUACAACCGGACACCCAGUCUUGGUGA